GCAGAUUCACAUGGCGGCCAAAUAUCUCCACUGGCGAGCAGAUCUGAGGAUUGUUUUGAAGUUAAACUCGCUGUAGCGUUGCAUGUUGGAUGAUAUAAAAGCCAUCAUACUAUGGAUUGGAACCUGAACCACAGCGAGGCAUUCUCAUUUGUUAACCCCUGCAUCAAAUAUUUCCUCUUCUUCUUCAGCUUCUUAUUUUGGGUCUUCUCGUUGUUGGUCGUUGCAAUUGGAGUUUAUGCAAGAGUCCAGAAAGCUACAGAUGCCGUGCGGGACUCGUUCCUGCUCGACCCGGCUGUCGUCCUCAUCGUAGUGGGCGUGGUCAUGUUCUUCAUCACGUUCUGCGGAUGUAUCGGAGCUCUACGGGAGAACAACCGCCUCCUGAAGAUGUUCUCCUUCAGCCUGACGCUGGUCUUCCUCAUCCAGCUGGCCAUAGCAGUUCUGGUCUUCUUCUAUUCUGAGCAGACCCGCGACACUUUGGGGACAUUUAUGAAGAAAGCCAUUAAGCACUACAGAGACGACCUGGAUCUGCAGAACCUGAUGGAUUACAUCCAAAAAGAGUUCAAGUGCUGUGGGUGGAAUAACUACACAGACUGGUCUUGGAAUCUCUACUUUAAUUGCACACAAGAUAACCCGAGCUCGGAGCGCUGUGCUGUGCCUUACUCCUGCUGCACGCCUGUUCCUGGAGAGGCGGUCAUCAACACCAUGUGCGGUUAUGGGGUUCAAACCCACAAUUUCCUGGAGGCAAAUCGAUCAAUCUACCCCGUAGGCUGUGCAGACAAAGUCGCGUUGUGGAUUGAAUCUCAUCUGGUGCUGGUGGGGGCCCUGGCUCUGGGUCUGGCCUUGCCUCAGAUUGCAGGCGUCGUGCUGUCCCACAUCCUGAUCACGCAGAUCCAAGAUGAGAUUACUUCUCUGUUGUGAGAGCACAGCUAUGCAAGAAAGGAGCCGACAAUGUGCCGCCUCGCUGCAAGGACUUACUGCUUUACCACGAAUGUGACACUGAAGGACAUUUUCUUAUUGAAAUACGUACGAGUGAUGUAAUCGUAUUACCAAAAAAAAAGUCACUACACACCAAGUGCACAGUGUGAAUUUACUGGGGGUUUUUUUGUACUAAUUUUUGUUCAUCAGGUGUUGACAUUAAAACACGAUUAUGUUUACACAUAAAAAUUACUUGAAGUUAUAUUUAUUGUGAGAU